GUCAGUUGAUGUCGGAGUCUCGGAAAGGUGGGAUCGUUCGCGUGCUCGCCGCCCUCUCACACCCCGUCUCAUUGUGUUCACUUGUCGUACGUGUGUGAAAAGGACAGUUGUGCAGCUAUCACAAGUGAGAUUAUCCGCAAGUGGGAACGACGAUAAGCAGCGAACGUCCGUCCGGAGCGCCGAAUACGAUAGUCGGGCUCGACUAUUGUCGGAUUGGAGACCGUUCGUCCAGACAAUCAAGCUGAUACGAUUUUGUCUGCCUGGAUCAUCGUGUCUAAGGUUACUUUUCACUCCUUGUUGCCACCUACGUCGCGAUCUCGCCGUCGACGAUUUAUCUUCCACGACUUCCGACAGGAUCGUAAACUCACCCGGAAGGGAAACGUUUGUCGGGAAAUCCGGCGAGCCUUAAUGAUAAUAGCGACCGUUAUAUCCGCCGAGGGUUUUAUCGACGAAGAAUCUAGACGCGCGUUGGUACUGUCGUUUCUGUCCGAAGUCUCUUCGGGAGUUCCUUAAAUUGCGAAAAAUGGAGGAAUCCUCUCGAAUCAUCGAUCUCGAGCUUGGCUUUCCGUAAAGACUAAUUUAACGCGUGUGUUUUUGGAGAUAACUGAAGAUUUAUCCUCGACAGCGCUAUCACCAGCCGUGCGACGAGACGAAUGCGCAGGAAAUCAGAGAGAGAGAAUGCUCGGUUGGUCGUCCUGGACAUGGGAUAGAUGAUGAUAUCUCGCGCAACGGCAACGAUGGGGCGGUAGAUCGAGAUCGAUAAAUGCAAAAUGGAUUGGGCAUCUCGGAUCAGGUAGCAAGGAAACGACAAGAACAGUCAUGCGACCAGCAAUCAAUCGUCAACGGGAAUCAUCCUAAUAAGGCUUCGUUCUCGUUACGCUCUGCUCCGUGAAUAGCAUAUCCGCACUCUCCGAUUGGAUCCUCGCGUUUCCGUAAGACUGUCUCAUAUUUUCGGAAUAAGUCAUUUUUUUUCUAUUCCUUUCAUUUUCCUUCAUAGGAAAAGAUUGACUCGACUCUCUCUUGUGAUCUUUAAGACUGUCCUAUAUUAUUUAUUUCCUGCCGUGCCACCUGUCGCCCUUUAUCACAGUAAAGACUGAAGUUUAAGUUAAUCGGUUCAUCGGGAAAUUCGCGUGGCCGACCUUUGAUCUCUCUAUCUAUUCUUCUCUCUCCUCCUGAGAAGCGAGAAAUAGUUCGAGAAAUUAAUAUAUGUUGUCAAAGUUCAAAAGAUCACGCGAUCCGCAGAACUUCUUCACAUUUCACACGCGCAUUCGAUCAAUCUCAUUUUGAAAGACUGAUCAAAAUACAAAGACUGAUUUGCUAUUGCCCCGCGUUAAUUUUGCUCCAAACGAUCGAAAAAAGAAGAACAGAUCACAUAUCUUUACGCGUACAUAUCCUGCGUGAUCUUCUUAAUUCGAUAGUCGUCAAAUCGUUUAUGGGAAAUUAUCGGAGACUAAAUAUCGUACGUGCUUCGCGAAACGGAUUGUACGUGCUCUGAUAUACGGCAUGUAUAUACAGAUACAAAAAGGAUAUAUACAUGUGUGUGUAUAAAUGAAGAAGAUUCCGAAUGUCGCCUAAUGUACACGGAGGAAGUGGCGUAUAGCGGAAGUCGCUCGGUGAACGGACGUAUAAAUUGGAACGCAUCGAUUUUCUCUCAGGAUCAACGAUGACGAUGACGUGAAUACUGGACGAGUCGUCGCGAUAAAGUGAUCGAUCCGUGGAUAUAUUACGGACGCGUGAUAUUUAGUGACGCACACACACACAAAGUGAGAUUAGUGUUACUGCUGUAUGAGGACGUAAGGGUACAGGAUGGGUUGUGGACAGAGCAAAAUCGGCAAUAUCUAUCCGAAGAACAAGAAGAAUAAAAACAACAGCGCGAAGAAGAACGGCGACUCCAUCCGUAACGCGUCGUCUGUGGAGCAGAAGAACGGAAAUGGCAACGUCAAGGGUAACAAGACGAACAACAACGGUGUCGAGGUGAACAGAAACGAGGACCAAAAUGGUGGCGUCGAUGCCAAGGGACAAGCAAAGAAGAAACCGACCGCGCCUGGGGGCGGGCCUUUAUUACAACAGACAGAGAUAUCCACCAGCCAGCUUGAUUUCUUCAAGAUGCUCGACGAGAAAAUUGAGAACGUAAGUCGCGAUACUUGAACUUGAUCAAUCUCAUCCGGAUAGAAAUGGUUUCUAUUUAUGGGAAUACUAGUAAUUUCCUGUUUCCUUCUUCAAUCUCUUCUCUCGAAGAACAAUAUAAGCCGAUUUUGUAGGAAAUCUAGAGAUAACUAUCUCCGCGAUAUUAUAUGUCUCGUAGAAGAAUACGUCC